AUGAAUCCCACCCCACCAGCCUCGCAAUUCAAGUGCCAGACAUGUUUCGUCUCAUUCUCGACCAUAACCCAGCUUGAGCUCCAUAUUGAUGCCUACACGCGACUCAUCACCUUUCUAAUAGAGAGAAUCAGCAAAGCAUCUGCGCAUCUUGUACCCAUAAAAAUAGACGAGCCCGAUGAGCCCGAUGAAGAAACACCUCCUGUGCCAGACUCCAUCAGCGAAUACGUUGAUUGCUUCGAAUCCUGUCCCGGCUGCGGCAAUACUUUCGUCAACGCAAACAUCUUCCUUGAGCAUGUGAAGGCAUGUGUUUGUAUUACCUUUGAGGAGGCAAAAAUCGAACAUAGCAUGAGACAGCAGCGGGCAUUGCUUCAUCGCACAGCAAUGCGAUUCAAAGACGCCAUGAGAGAUCUCAAAGGAAAAUCUAUUGAAAGAGGACAAGGCGGAAAUAGAGAAGCUCUUCCACAGAAUCUUCCACAGGAUCUUCCACCACAGAAUCUCCAUCCGCAGAAUCUCCAUCCGCAGAAUCUUCCUUUACAAGACAAUGGGCCAGGACUGAUUUACCCUGCGACUCGCGAUUCUACCGCUCUGGAUCAAGCUGUUGGUCUUACUGACCAAGCACAACAGCAACAGGACUGGAUUCAGCCUGCAUUCUUACACCCUCACGCCUUCAACGCUACACCAGGACCUGCGCCAGGACCUGCGCUGAUAAACACUAUGCCGCCGCCUCCUCUUCCACCUCCACGUUCUGCCGAGACUCCUCAAUUUACGAUGAUGCCCCUCUUGACGGAGGCUGAUUUCAUCAUGGAUGAAGAGCCUUCCGAGUCUUCUCAGCAUAAUCUAAACUGA